AUGGUAACCUUUAGGCAGUUGGAGAUCUUGUUUGGCUUCAACUAUGGAGAAGGAACUCAAUGGGAUUUCAAGGAAAGAGAGCUCCAAAGUGUUUGGGCUACAAUCGCUGAAGGAGAAUACUCCUCCUCACGGUCUAAGGGGGCUCAAAUCAGAACUCCAGUGCUGAGGUAUGUGCACAAGGCACUUGCCAACACUUUCUUUGCAAGGAAGGCAACCGGCACCAUUAAUGAAGGAGAGCUCAAGCUUCUUGACAUGGGAAUCAAGCCCAUCCUCUCAUACACAAGCGAUGGAAGGAAGAUCAGGGGAGACAGAUCAAACACAGGAAACCUCAUUCCCUUCCUUGAUCACCUUCUCACUUACAAGACCACGGCCUAUAGCACCCGGUUUCAACAAGGAAGAAGGCUAACCCAAGAGGUAGUUUUCUUGUAUAUUCUGGUUUUGAGCAUCAUUCAGGUCAAAAUAGCAAAGAAGAGUCCAAAAUGGAGCAAAAAGAGUCAAAUCACCAAGUUCCCAAGUCUAGAGCACCAAAAUCUACAUUUCUCGCUAAAGACCAAACCGGAGCAUCCGAAGUACGACCGCAUAUUCAUGCCUUCCCGACGUCCAAAAGUCAUGAUUCUUAUAUGGAAAGAUAGAUAUUUGAGUCGUGACCCGCGGCGAAGUGGAAAGAGGUCAUUUGGAUCACUCGUUGGACCGGAACUUAUUUUCUACCAAGACAUGUCCGACGAGCGCCUAAGUAGAGCCCAUGGAGACUUUGAUGGAUCAAGAGGCCCGGAUACCGCGCCCAAGGCCUUGGCUCAUCUUGACACUAGCAUAACUCAAUCCAGAAGCUUCCAUUGGCCUGAACGCGGCCCAUUCAAGAACUUGGAGAGCAAGCUCAAGCGGCUAAAGAGAAAUGGAAACUUUCCUCUUCUGCGCGCGCUCAACUUUGCCGACCUAGACCCGCUCUCUACCUAUAUAUACUUGCUUUUAGCCUCUUGUAAUAAGAAUCACCAGCCGCAUAACAAGAAACACUUAUUCAAUAAAGUUCGGAGCCACUUAGGUGGUCUCCUUCUUCUUUCUUUUCUUCUUUUGCAUUUGUACUUGGAGAUGAAUCACAACACCAACAUCCACUUUGGGAACCGGACACUGAUCCCACACGAUCUCCACGGCCGGAGUUACCAAGACCCAGCCGUAAGCAUCGUGCCACAUCCGUUCCCUCCCAACCGCGCUCAUCCGACGUUUGAAGGACCUAGCCGAGACGAGCAUCAUUACCAUCAUCAUCAAAACCGACCUCCGGUUUAUCAUCAACCACCUAGACCAGUGUUGCAUUCACACCACGACCAUGUUCUCAAUAGGCGGAGAGAUAGCCAUUUCGAUGCCGUGCUUGAGGGUUUCAUGGAGAGCCAAAGAAAACUAGCCGCGACAUUGAGACAAAGCUAG